AUGCAGCAGAUCGGCACUCAGGCCAAAAAGAUCAUCGCUAAAAGAUCAGCGGAGCUGCCAGCUCAAACGACCGCUCAACCAGGAAAGGUGACUUAUUCUAAGUCAAAGCUGCCCGACAUCGCGUUGCCACGGUUCACGGGCAACUAUACGGAGUGGCCGUCUUUCCUGGAGCUGUUCACGUCUGUGGUGUGCGGAAAGCCCGAUCUCGACCAAGUUGAGAAGUUCUAUUACCUGAAGGGUUGCCUGCGAGGAGAACCAGCUCAAAUCGUGGCCAGCCUACCGCUCAUCGGCUCAUCACUCUCCGCAGCUCUCGAAAUGCUCAAGCAGCGCUAUGAAAAUAAGCGGCGUCUCGUCCAGGCUCACCUUGAUCAAUUGGUCUCACUGCCGAUGGAUCAAGAUCACGCGAAAGCGCUAAGCCAGCUCAUGUCAACCGCCAUGGAAACUCGGCACGCAGUGCAGAACCUGAUCGAGCCAGGUAAGCUCGGUGACUGCCUGCUCGUCCAUCAGGUGUGCAGGAAGAUGGAUCACGCCACAAAGGAGCGAUGGGAGACCACCCUUGGGGUCACCACAGAGUACCCAUCGUUCCAGGAGGCCAUGGAAUUCAUCACCUCUCGCAUCAGGACGCUGGAGCAGUUGGCCGAUGAUAAGGCGAGAGCGUCGGCCAGCAAGACCGCUCAAAGUAAGCCCGCUCAAACGAAGGCUCAGCAGAUCACCACAAGCAGGCCAGCUCACGCAGCAGUCGCAGCAAGGCCUGCAGCUCAAGCUCGCCCGUCAGCUCCUCGCACCACCGAAAGGCCCCACCUAGAACGGCCAUCGCCCUUCGAGUGUUGCGACUGUUGCGGAGGGCAACAUUACAUCGUGGCAUGCGCGCUCUUCAGGAGUAUGACGCCGAAAGUGCGAGCUCAAACUAUUGAGGACAAACGCCUGUGCUACAAUUGCUUGGGCAGGCACAGCGUGCGAGCGUGCAAGUCAGCUCAAAAGUGUAAGCAUUGCGGGGAGAAACACCACACCAUGAUACACGAAGGCGAGCCCAAACCGGCUCCAGUUCAAGCUGGCUCAUCCAGAUCAGCCUCCUCAUCCGCUCAAACCACCGAGUAG